AUGGAUGUCAAGAGCAGAAGCAUUAUUGAUGUCUUGUCCGAGGGCAAUGCAAGGAUUCUGUUUGAUGCACUGGAUGCGUUCGACGGAGCGAAAAUAAUUAUGUGGGAUCCUACUCUUAUCAAACAGUUUAACUUAGUGACAACAACAGAACAAUUAAAACAGCACAAGGUUGUAUCAAUGCUACAGCUGGAUCUUUCACCAAGAAUACCGCAAGCGGAGCAUAAUCAUGUCGUGUAUAUCUUAUCGACAUCUAAUUCAUCAGUAAUCAACAAACUAAUCACAUGCCUCAAACAUGCUCGAUCCGCUAAUGUAAUUUUUAUAGUCCCAAUUAACGAUUUGUAA